AUGCCCUAUGCUCACCAGUUCUGGUGCCGACCAAGUGAUCGCCAGGGUGUGUUUCUUGCGCCUGGGGCUCCGCGGCCUGCCAGGGAGCCCGUCACCUCAUAUGCGCCCUUCGAGAACCGCACCGCCUUUGAAUUCGCCGACCUGAUCGUCAAGAAGAUGCAAACGUCUAUCGGCGACAUCAACGCCCUCCUCCGUACUCAGGCCGCUUACAACGCGACUCAAGGUGGAGGCGAUGUACCGUUCGAAGACGCAGAUGAACUCUUCGAGACGGUCGAUGCAAUACCAUAUGGCGACGCACCUUGGGAAAGCUUCACACUGCAGUACACCGGACCGGUCGACGACAACUCCCCCUCAUGGAAGCGAGCCACGUACACUGUACACUCCCGCAAUCCAAGAACUGUCGCGCAUAACAUGGCCAAGAAUGAGGAAUUCGAUGGUAAGUUCGAUACGACCCCAUACCAAGAGUACAGUGCGCCGGGUGCCCUACAGUUUUCCAAUGUCCUAUCGGGUCUAUGGGCAUACAUGCAGGCGUCGAAGAUCGCGGCUGAUCCUGCAACACACGGGUCGAUGCUGAUGCCGAUCAUACUGGGAGCAGACAAGACUACGGUAUCAGUCGGUACAGGACAUACAGAAUUCCACCCGGUCUACAUGUCCAUCGGCAAUGUCCACAACUCGGUGCGGCGCGCUCAUAGAGACGCGCUUAUUCCGAUUGCAUUCCUAGCAAUCCCGAAGGCAUCCCGGGGUGAGACUGAGACCGACGAGUUCAGAAUCUUUCGCAAGCAACUGUACCACGCGUCGCUUGCGCAGAUCCUGUCGCCACUGCGACCGUACAUGGAAACUUACGACGUGCUCCAGUGCCCGGAUGGACACUUCCGUCGGGUGAUAUACGAACUCGGACCCUUUAUUGCUGAUUAUCCUGAACAGGUUGUACUCGCCGGGGUCGUCUCCGGGUGGUGUCCAAAAUGCUUGAUACCUCCGGAAGAUAUGGAUAGAGCUGGCGAACUGCGCAGUCAUGAACACACUGCGCAUGUUGUUGACGCGUUCGACGUAGGUACUGUAUGGACAAUGUGGGGUGUUGAUCCGAACGUAAUCCCCUUCACUACAUACUUUCCUCGCGCCGACAUCCACGAGCUGCUGACGCCAGACCUGCUUCACCAAUUGAUCAAGGGCACGUUCAAGGACCAUCUCGUUGAUUGGGUCGAACAAUACUUGUAUCUAGAACAUCCGAAGGCAGAGGCUCGACGUCGGAUGGACGACAUUGAUCGAAGAAUUGCGGCUGCACCUCAGUUUCCCGGCCUCCGUCGCUUCCCAGAAGGCCGAAAUUUCAAGCAGUGGACAGGGAAUGAUUCAAAAGCAUUGAUGAAGGUCUAUCUUUCCGCAAUCGAAGGUCAUGUUCCUGACGAGAUGGUCCGCUGUUUCGCGGCUUACCUCGACUUCUGCUACCUUGCACGACGAUCGGCACACGACGACAAAUCGCUAGCGGCCAUGCAAGAGGCUCUCGAUCGUUUCCACACCCACCGUGUAAUCUUUGAGACAGUGGGUGUGCGUCCCGAGGGCUUUUCGCUUCCGCGACAGCAUGCCCUCAUGCACUACAUCAAGGGUAUCCGACUGUUUGGCUCUCCAAAUGGCAUCUGCUCAUCAAUCACGGAAUCGAAGCAUAUACGCGCUGUAAAACGGCCGUGGCGUGCGUCGAGCAAAAAUAAUCCUUUGCCGCAGAUUCUUCGUGCGAACCAACGCUUGGACAAGCUCAACGCAGCGCGUUCAUGCUUCACAAGCCGCCAUAUGCUCGAUGGCGAUGUUCUUGCCGCCGCAUUGAAUCUUCCCAUCCAAACCGCAGACGAUGAAGACAAUGACGAGAUCAACGAGCCUGAGGAUGAAGUAGCAGAUAUCGAAGGGGUUGUCGAGGGUAUUGUCGAGCUGCCCAAGAGACCAGUGUACACGCGUCGUGUGGAAGACCUGGCGGAGGAGUAUAACACGCCAGAGCUUCAGGAGCUCGUGCGGCGCUUCCUGUUCGACCAACUCCUCGCUACCGACGAGGUUGAUUCAAGCUCUGUCGACCUCUCUCGCUGCCCCAAGUUCGACGGGAAGAUCGCCGUAUACCGCACAGCAUACGCGACGUUCUAUGCGCCGAGUGAAUUGUCGGGCACUGGCGGUAUGCACCGUGAGAUGAUCCGUGCCAAUCCGUCAUGGCGCGGUCAUCCUCGCUUCGACACUGUCCUCCUCAGUGCUGAUCCUGAUGAGCCGGGGAUGGAUGGGUUGGCUGUCGCGCAGGUUGUGGGGCUUAUGGCUGUCAUGUACCAUGGCGUGCGCUAUCCUUGCGCGUUAGUGAAGUGGUAUGAAAGAGUGCAUGACGAGGACGACAACCCUACUGGCAUGUAUGUAGUCCAGCCGGAAUGUGUUGACGGAGAACGGGUUACCUCAAUCAUUCAUUUAGAUAGUGUUUUUCGUGCAGUACAUCUGGCAGCUGUGUAUCGAGACACUGAGAUGCCGGUCGAGUUCCAUUUUUCGUACACUCUAGACGCAUUUGAGUCAUUCUAUGUCAACAAAUAUGGGGAUUACCAUUUACAUGAAUAUAUUGUAUAG